AAUUUCGAGGCCUCCGACUCUUAAAUCUCGGAAAUCCUAAAUCCUCGGGCGUCGACCGUUUUGAUUCUUUGAUCCUGAACUCUCAGCUUCCCGUCCGAUCCUCUUCUACAUCUUUUCCCGAUGUUGCUUUGGAUUAUCGUGCUGUUAUCGGCACGUUAUGAUUUGUCGAGGAAGUUCCUCAAUUCUCGCGUUAUUAAUUGGAUGUACAACUUUUAGAAUGUUUCGCGGUCGUUUAAAUGUGUCGCGUGAGCGAAAGCUCAGAAAGCACCUUUGAAGCACACGCGUGUUAGAUGCUGGUUGAUUUAAAUUCCAAUUUUCGCCGGCUGAUAAAACAGAAAUGUACGAAAUAUAAGCGGAGCGAGGUGUAACAAUAAAUAGGUAAAUAGACAAAUAAAAUUCUCUUUUACAUAUUCGAAUCGAGCACUCGUAUCUUACCGGCGUGUCACGCGUAAUAACAAGGAAAAAUUGCCUAACACAAAUAUGAUAAUAAUACAUUAAUGUGGUCGACGAAUGACCGGCAAAAUUGACGCGCAGCAUAGAAUAAAUAAGCGAAAUUGCAAGUUAAGACCGGUUGAAUCAGGUCAGUGCUUUUGAGCAUGAACUGCGCACGCUCUCUCUUUCUCUCUCUCUCUCUCUCUCUCUCUCUGCACCCUUAGCGCCACCCCGUUGAAGACUAGGGACAACCUCAAACAUAAUGCACCCCUUCGGCUCACAUUAUUCCGAGAUCGCCAGCGACGUCGGGAUGCAAUCUCGCCGAUCGAAGAGUGCAGGUGUACCCACAGUGCGAAGUACGACAAAGUGCUGCGAACUCAAUAGAUAUCCGCGAAUAAAUCGUACGCAGUAAAUUCGCCCCUCGAUCGGCAAAUUAAUGCGAUAAUUAUUCACCGAUAAACCCGCCGGAGUAGCCGCCGAGUAGAGAGAGUCAAUGGAAAGAGUUUGCGCGAGCCGUAGCAUGUAUCUAAAUGUAACGCAAGAGCAACCGAGUGCGUCGUGAGUCUAAAGUCUACGCUCGUGGAAUUUUCCUGGACACUCGAACGUUCAAAUUUCUCGACACCGAGAUCCGAGAGGAGAGAGAUCGCUAGAUUCUUACGCAUGUGGAAUUUAGAGCGAAAGAGUUACGGACCAAGAGACCUUUUAAGAUAUGGGACAGCUGGCGUAACGUAAGAAAGGGAUUGGUCGUUAGCAAUUUCGAAGAGUUGAUUGUCCGGGGUAAAGAAAAGCUCGGAGUGCCACAAAAUGAGAAUGUCUCGUUAGUUUUGGAGUCGGACGGCACGCAAGUCGAAGACGGCGAGUAUUUCAAGACUUUAGGCAACAACACGAUCCUGCUCUUGCUGCGACAUGGUGAACGCUGGUGUCCCACUGGCGUCGACAUCAUACGCGCUGCUUUAGAGUCAUACGCGCUGCUAUGUAAAGGGGAUAUUACAACGAUCAACUUUGGUUGAUGGAAAUCGGCAACUUGGUUGAGGAUACUAACCUCGAGGCAACUAAAAUUGAUCAAACUGAAUUACACGUGGCAACUGAAUCCUUACACACACACAAGCCUUUAAACGAUCAACCAACAAUUUCGGCAAUCCCGAAAAUAGUCUGCGAGACCAUCCACGCGCUGGAGUUGCACGAUGAAACACCAUCGUGGAAGAUUAUGGACAAUAAAGGACGGGUUACAGUGGUGCUGCACUGGGACCAACGUUCAUCUUCUACGUCGCAAGUGCAGCAACAGCAAUCGAAGCCGGGCCAGGACGCCCAAACCUCCAAAUAUUCCCCGACUAAGAAAGCCGACCUGAGCGGUGCUCAACGACCGUCUCUGGUGAUCCAAACCAGCUUGGAUAAGCUCGGCUAUGACGGCAAAGGGGCGCACCUGCCCGGCGAGAUUGCUCCGACGCGGUACACCAGUCCGCGAAUCACUGUGAUAAAUCAUGAUGAUAUGCAGCAGCCGGCGCAGCCUCAUGCCAUGCCGGGCCGUCUCGUGAAGCAAGGCACGAACUCGUUCGACAGUACGACCAUUCACAUUCACACACCAGAGUGCUCUAACCAUAUCCACCAGCCGGUCGCGCGAAACGGCAGCCCGGUAAACGGCGCCGAUGGCGGUGCCGUUGGCGAAUGCGACUUCCACUGCUGUGCGUUGCAUGAAGAGGGCCGCAGGAUUGCCGUGCACAAGUCGGUUGCGACGUCGCCGAUUCAAGAUGCGCAGCAUCAACAAUACCAGCAUCCACAUCAUCAUCAACAACAACAACAAACUCAAACCCAAACACCAUCGCCGCAGCCACCGUCCUCCUUGUCAGACGGUACCAAGCGACCUGGUUUGAGCAAAGGUCACGUGCGCUUCCGCGACACCGCCGACGAGGAGCUGAGCUCGCGUUUGGCCAGCGUACAUUUACACCACCAUCAUAAUCACCAUCAGGAGCACGAUAGCUCCGAAUCCGAGACGGAGAACACGAUAAUGGAGGAUGAGAUCGUGACCUCGGAGAAGUUUUUGCUGCUGAUUGACCAGCUGACGGUCGAUCAAAAGCACCAUCUCAGCAUCAAAGACAUCGGCAUCAUUCUGGAGCGACUCAGCUCCAAGAUCCUCGACGUCGAGCGGCUGGAUCGCGAGAGCGAAAGCGAGGAGUGUUACAAUUGGACGAUAAAGGCUAUCAUAAGGGGCGAUGUUCUGCGGGAGCUCGGGGUAAUCUAUAAUGGGAAUUACUACGCGAUUUCCGAGCAUCCUGGCUACAAAGAAGAGUCCGAGGAAAAUAAUGACGAUAAUGAGGAAGAGGAGGAAGAUAGACUUUAAUAUGAUGCUGGAUACUAGAUAGAUAGAUAGAUUAUACAUCUAUUCAUGAUUAUUAUUAACUUAGGACGUUGUAACGAAAUAAGAGCGGGGAACACCACGUGGUUUCCCUUGGAUCCGAGGAUUUUUCGAUUCUUAAAUCUCCGUGCGAUUUGAAGGUCCGCACCAUUCCCUGGAAUUUUCCUAGGAUCUGUCCGUGAUAUUCUAGGAUCCACGAGGAUUCGAUUUCUUCCAGAAUUUUCCUGGGACUUUCUAGGAUUCUCUUAAAAUUUUAUAUCUGCAAAAUAUAAUUCUGAAGAAACAAUAUGUUUAGGUCCACAAAAUAUAUCCAUAUCGUUUACAGAUUGCGACGAGAAACAUUUUAUUGCGCGUAUCAGACAUACUUCAACUUUUUGUUUAGUUUUAUAUAAAAUUUGCUUCAUUUGUAGAAUCCAAUUUUUUUUUCAUAUAAAAGCACAAUUUUGCUAUACGUUCAGCUUCCAAUCUACUUUCAGACAACAUUCUCUCCAACAUCUUUGUUAUAUUUCUAAUAAAUUUUUCUUCAGUAUUAUGCAUUUUUAUAUUAUUAUUUGUCAACAUAGUAUAUUUAUAUUUUUUAAUAGUUGCUACAACUUGUUUCUUAUGUUUACCAAUAAAUUUCUAUUAUAUAAAUUCCUUCCUGUAUACAUUUUUUUUACUUAUUACUUUAUUAUUCUUGUGUGUUUUACUUAUUUUUUU